AUUUUUUUCUUCAUCGAACAGUAAGCCAGGCUUUAAGCUUGAAAAAUAUCAAAUGAAAAUAAUAAAAUGUACAACUGAGUGCGGUUUUCAUAAUCCAACGAUUCGAUGCCCAUCUGUUUGCAAAUGAAAAGUCAAUCUCUUAAUAACCGCACUCAAUACCGAUACAUGAAAAGUACAAAAAGGCGAAGAGAAUGAACGAGAAUGAUGCUCGAGAGACAUAAGCUAGAAUGCUCUCAUUUGCAUCGCCUUGAAUACACAAUCGCUGUUUCACCAAAAUAUUAUUAAAAUAAUCGCAUUACUGUUCUAUGCAUUUAUGGCGGUAUAAAAUACAUGCUACCUUAUCACACACCAUCCUUCGGAUUAUCUUGCGCUUCUUCAUGCUACGGUAUCCGUUGUAGGUAAAAAUGUAGAACGGGGCAAACUUUCGUUUCGAACUUGGGGAUUAAAAUGGUUCGAAAGUGUGAUCGAGGUAACAGAUCUUCCCUAAUGACCGUCUGUGUCAAAAAUCUUUAAUGCAAAUUCGGUGAAUAUUGCUUCGCUCACUACCACAGCGCCCAAAGGAAACAAAGUAGAAUGCGUUUAACGUCGAGGACAUUUUUUAUAACUAGGCCGAUGGAUGAGAUAACCGGUAUCAGUAUCGUUCAGUCAGCGAGCAAGAGAGUAACUACUCAGCAACCAAUAGACGAAAAAAAAAGUUAAACAGAAUACUUGUGAAAGAAAAGUUACAAUUUUAAACGUAUUUUCAAACAAGUAAAUUAGUGUUAGGAGUUCAUUCGCAGUACUUCAUUUUGAAAGAAUCAACAAGAUGAGUAAGAUGUCAAAGAAUAAAUUGAAUCUAACAUUGCCGCCGAGUGUAAUGGAUGCAUCGAAUCCACCGAAUAUUCCAGCGCCGCCACCAUUCAAUAUACCGUCCAGUGCAGAUCGACCGAGUUUACUAAAUGAAUCGAGCGGUAGCGGUAGCAUUGAUACCAUAACAUACACGCUUGAUGAACUGCAUGUCGACGAACAUGCAUUGAACCGAAUCAAAAUCUUCCUGAGCCAAAGAGAGCAGAUGGGCGAAAUUCGUGACGAAGACUUGGAAAAACUCGGUGAACUGGGAUCGGGCAGCGGAGGUGUUGUGAUGAAAGUACGCCACAUACCCACUCAGUUGAUUAUGGCACGAAAAAUGAUCCACAUAGAUCUGAAACCGCAAGUUAAAAAGCAAAUUAUUCGAGAGCUAAAGGUUUUGCACGAUUGUAAUUUUCCGCAUAUAGUUGGUUUCUAUGGUGCAUUUCAGGCCGAUAAUGAGAUCAGCAUUUGUAUGGAAUACAUGGAUGGUGGUUCAUUGGAUUUGAUUUUGAAGCGUUCUGGCCGCAUUCGCGAACCGAUUCUUGGGAAAAUUACGCUAGCCGUUUUGAAGGGAUUGACCUACUUGCACGAUCAACACGCGAUUAUGCAUAGAGACGUAAAGCCAAGCAACAUUCUGGUGAACAGUAGUGGUGAAAUCAAACUCUGUGAUUUCGGUGUGUCCGGGCAGUUGAUCGAUUCUAUGGCAAAUUCAUUCGUUGGCACACGCAGCUAUAUGUCCCCGGAACGAUUUGGCGAUAGUAAAUAUUCGGUGCAAUCGGACAUUUGGUCAUUGGGUUUGUCACUGAUUGAAAUGGCCCUUGGCGUUUAUCCAAUUCCACCGCCUGAUCCGAAAUUAAUAGAUCAAAUACUCAGCGGAAGCUCGAAUCAACCGCCGCCAAAACCAAAAUUGAUGGCCAUUUUUGAUUUGCUCGAAUGCAUCGAACUUCAACCGCCUCCACGUUUGGAGCACAAAAGCCUUUCGCCAGAAUUUACGGAUUUCAUUGAUAGAUGCUUGAAAAAGGAUCCAAAUGAACGUGCCAAUCUCCAGACACUAUUGGAACAUCCAUGGAUCAAGAAAUACGAGCAGGAAUAUGUUGACAUUGUCGGUUGGGUUUGUAGUACAAUGAAUUUUGACGAUUAAUUUAAUCGAAUGUUUGAACUAUCAAUCAGUAACAUCAUUUUAUUGUCAGAAUUAUUUUUCUUAAAUUUCAU